GUCAGCGCGCUGUCAACAGCUGAGUACUAACUAUGCCAACAGGAGCAAGCACUAAAAGGUUCAUGAAGAUCAUAUACGGGCCAAUCAAUAUGUUCAGGGGUUCAAACAGUAUGGAUGCUGAGAGGGUGAAGGCGGCUGCGAAGAACCAGCCCUCUCUGAGCCAGGGAGCAUCCAGCAGCCAGGCAACAGCCAACCAGACACCUGCAGCCCCACACUCAUCUCCUGCCCAUCAGCCUCAGGAAACCACACCUGGAGGACCUCCAGCAUCGCCGUCGGCAUCGGGGACAUCAGCUGCUUCUGCUGCCUCAAACACAACGCCAGCAGUGAUACCUCCCCACUCUGCAUCUAUAGCAAACAGGGAUAGCGGUGUCAGCCUGUCCACCACCAGCACCAUAGGUGAUUCUUCCAAUGUACGUAGUGCCAAUGCUUUGAAGUCUGUGUUACAGGACUCUUCGCCUCCACCUCUGCCGCUUCCUGUCUCUUCAACAAUUGCUUCUCCUCAGCCUCAGAAUCAAUCUUCAGUCCCUUACAACUGGCAGGCUACCAAGCCUUCAGUGAAAGAAAGGCUGGCUUUCUUAUUCAACAAGGACGUAAUGUCUGAUAUUCGCUUCCUAGUGGGAAAGCCGCCAAAUGUCCAGACUAUUCCAGCUCAUAAGUUUGUUUUGUCAGUUGGAAGUGCUGUAUUUGAUGCCCUCUUCAAUGGUGGAAUGGCAACUUCAGACAGCGUAAUCGAAAUCCCAGAUGUUGAACCUGCUGCUUUCCUGGCUUUGCUGAAAUUCUUGUACUCCGAUGAGGUUCAGAUUGACCCUGAAACUGUCAUGACAACAUUGUAUACAGCCAAAAAGUAUGCUGUACCUGCUUUGGAAAGAGCUUGUGUUGACUUUCUUAAAAGAAACUUGAGUAGUGACAAUGCAUUUAUGUUGCUCACCCAGGCUCGGCUUUUCGAUGAGCCACAGCUUGCAGCUCUGUGUCUCGAAACAAUUGACAAGAACACGACAGAAGCUCUGUCCGCUGAUGGGUUUACCGACAUUGAUCAUGACACGCUGUGUGUGGUGCUGGAGAGAGACACCCUGGGGAUAAGGGAAUGCAAACUGUUUUCGUCAGUAUGCCGCUGGGCAGAAGCUGAAUGUGCCAGACUGAAUCAGCCUCCAAGUCCACAGAACCAGAGAAGAGUCCUCAGCAGGUCUUUGAGGCUGAUCCGCUUCCCACUGAUGACUGUAGAGGAGUUUGCAAUGGGAGCUGCGCAGAGCGGGAUCCUUGAAGAUCGAGAAGUGGUGGAGCUGUUCCUCUACUUCACAGUCAAUCCCAAGCCAUCCAUCAGCUUCCUGGAUGUGCCACGCUGCUGCUUGACUGGCAAGGAACAAGUCGUGUCUCGCUUCUGUCAGAUUGAAUCAAGAUGGGGCUACAGUGGAACAAGUGACCGGAUACGAUUCAUGGUGAACAGGCGUAUAUUUGUUGUUGGGUUCGGGUUGUAUGGCAGUAUUCAUGGACCAACAGAAUACAAUGUCAACAUUCAGAUUAUCCACACCGACACGAGCAAGGUGAUGGGGUCCAAUGACACCAGCUUCCAGUGUGAUGGCUCCACAUCCACAUUCAGGGUGAUGUUCAAAGAGCCGGUUGAGAUCCUGCCCAACUCAAGCUACAUAGCCUGUGCUACACUCAAGGGUCCAGACUCAUACUAUGGGUCCAAAGGAUUACGCAAGGUGACCCAUGAAUCUGUAUCCAGUGGGAAAGUUACCUUCCAGUUCACGUAUGCGGCUGGCAACAACAAUGGCACGUCUGUUGAAGAUGGACAGAUCCCCGAGAUUAUCUUCUACACAUAGACACACAUACAUGUAUCCUAGGGCUGCAACCAUUCACAAGACUCAGUGCCACAAAUUAUAGGGCCUCAUUGAAAGGACAAUACCUACUGAUACCUGAUAUAUAGAUCAUAUAUUACAUGGUAUGCAAUUGAUUUGUAAAAUACAAUUUUAUGGUGAUUUGUGAAAAGCAUUCUCAACAUGCCCAUGUCAUUGUUAGUGUAAUUGAGAACAGUUUAAGAAAAAUGUUUUAGUGAAGUUUUGAAAUAUUUUCAUUAAUUUUGAAAAACAGACCUGGGACCCCAUCCACAAAACGUUCGUAGCAAUAUGACAUUCAUAAGCCUGUGAUUAAGUAUAGAGUUACGAUAUUUUGUAACAUUACAAACGUUUUGUGGAUCAGUGCCCUGCAUUUUUGUGUGUGUGGCGACUGCUGGCGUAAUCCAGGUGCUUGUUGUAUUGCCACAGAGGUGAUGGUUACAGCCCCAGUGUUUCACUGUCUCCCGAUGGAAGCCAAAAUAUUUAUCGUGCACUGCGAUGAUUGCACAUAAUCAUGUCCUCACUGGAUCAAUAAUGAUCUCUGUGUCUGUUCACAAACAUUCUAUAUUUGACACUCGGUAGAAUUUAGCUCUGCUGCCUAAUGUUGAGAAUGUACAAAUGUCUUUUAAGUUCACUGAUUUUGUUUAGUUUUGCAAUCACUUCUGUACAAAUACUCCUCAGUGUUACGAAGCUGUAGGCUUUAAUGUGAUACACAGCAUUUCAUAGGCAAAUGUAUUGAAUGUACACUGUGUUACACUGAUCAGAUUUGAACACUUUUCUGAAACUUUCAUUCCUUUGUAUAGCUUGUGCGGUGUCUGUCCGACUAUAUACAAGUAUCAGGGCCCCAUUUGACAAAGAUCUCGUAAGCCUAAGAUCCCAUAACUUUUCUUGUAGCAUUCAUACUUCCUAUUGUACAGUAUAGGAAGUACGAAUGCUAUGAGAAAAGUUACGAGAUCUUAGGCUUAUGAGAGCUUUGUGAAACGGUGCCCUGGUCUCUUCCUUACAUACAAGUAGUUCUGAUCAUGACUGACAUGCGUGCCCACUGUCAGACAACUGGUACUGGACAACAUGGAAGCUUAUGUACACAGCAUCUAGUUUAUCACUGCCAUUUAUAUUCUGUUUCUGUUUCUAGUCAACCCAUACAGCAUUUGUCAUGGUGGUAGCUAUCAAUGAUACUAAGGUUUGCCAACGGUAAAGCUUCUGCAAUAUCAUCCUUGAUCGACUACGCAUUUAACACAUCCUGUUCAGUGUGGUAACUAUGGUAACAGGAAAAGCAAACCAUCAAAUCCUGCUGUACCAGUAUUACUGUGGUGAACGUUCCUGAGUUUGUUGCAGUCAUUGUCUGGCAUAGCCAGCUUCACAUAUAACCUGGCUGGGUAAAUAUACAGCAAUAGCUAUGAGAGAUGAUACAAAAGAGCUUAACUUAAUACAAAAAGACUGUAUAGUGGCUGGUGCAGUGAAAGACCGUGAAAACAAACAGUUUUGUUUUCCUGUAAUUAACAAAAAGUGCCCCUGAUGUCUCUUUGUAUUCAUUUAUAAAAUAAUUUCCUGGGAUGAACUGGGUUUUGCUGUAUAUUAAAGAUAAACGAA